UUACCGAAAAGGCCUACUUUUACUUUCGAUUACGGCUACAUCAACCUUGCAUUGUUCAUUGAACAUUCUCGGUAUUAGUAUGAAACACUAACAAAAACUAUACAGUUAUACUGUAAAAUUUGUUAAUAUAUAUUGUAUGUAUUAGCUACAGUUUAUUACAAUCAGUUUUAGUUGUAUAUAAAAACCACAUCCAGCGCAGGGGCCCUCGAUUAUCGAUACGAUUGAAUUAACUAUGAAUCAACAGCAACAAUAUUUGUGCGACGGUCUUGAGAGGCUGCGCCAGAACGAGGGAUCUUACGCAGAUUUUACCAUUUUAUCAGAGGAUUUCAAAACAUUCCACUGCCACAGAGUUGUGCUGGCCGCAGUUUCCCCGUUCUUCGACACCAUGUUUACCAGUGAUAUGAAGGAAGCUAGCGAGCAAAGAACAGAUCUUCCAUUUUCUACGGAAACAGUGGAUCUGUUGUUAAAGUUUAUUUACACUGGAUGCGACGUUAUAAGCGAAGACACGGUGGUUGAGCUUUACCAUGCGGCUCACUUCCUGCAAAUACAAACCCUUGUCGCCUUGUGUGAAUCAUUCGUGCGGUCUAACAUGACGAUGAGUAUAAGCUUAGAUAUAUGGACUAUUGCAAGGUUGUUUGGUUCCAACGAAAUCGUGGACAUUGCCAAAUCAAUAGUGCUCCAGAAUUUUAGCAUUUUUAUUACCAGAGAUGCCAUUGGGCGACUGUAUUUCGAUAACUUUAAGGAGAUUAUUCAAGAACCGCUUUUGAACUGCACCGGUACGCUCAAAUGCACAGCUGCGUGGGUUUGGUUUCUCUCACAGCAAUCGCCAACGGUCGAGAAUGCAAAAUCUGCCGUUGCGGCUGUACUUCAAGCUCCAAAUGUUGACACAAAUGACAUUUUAGAUGUUGUUAAAGAGAAAUUUGAUGGUGAAAGUGAUGACAUUGGUGUGUCAAACGGUGACGAAAUGAACAGUUUAUCAGAGAAAGCGGAAAUAUGGAUGAAGGCAUGUGAAGCUUUAUGGAUACGUCGCGAUGGAAACAAGGAGUAUAUCGCUUCUGGGUCUUUGCAAACAGGCAGCAACGCGACGGAACAGUCUGAAUGGCUUUUGGUCAUUGGGGGAUCACAUCGACAUGAAAAUCGGAUGUCUCUCCUAAAUUAUAUGAAGAAACAGUGGUUCGACCUUAAAGCUCCCAACGAAAAGCUUGGCCACCAAUAUGCCAUUUGCGCGUUGCAACAUCGACUGUACUUGAGUGGAGGCGUCAACAAUAAAAGACGAUUCAUGUAUUUUGAUGGAUCCGAAAAGAAAUGGUUCAAAUUAUCUGACCUUUUAUCCGAUCGGGAGCAGCAUAUCAUGACCGCUGUGGACAAAUGUAUCUACGUCCUGGGUGGGAAAACAUCCGCAGAACGUGGAGAAAUUCAAAGGUACGACACUGUUGUACCCGGAUGGAUAAAAUGUGGGAGUAUGGCCAAACCAGUAGCCGGAGCGCGUUCCGUUGUAGUCGCAGAGAGGAUUUAUAUUUUUGGUGGAUAUGAAUGUGGAAGUGGCCCCACUUCGACCGUGGCUAUUGAUACAAUUCAGUGCUUUGAUACUAAGAGCAAGCUCAGCUGGUUGUACAAGACUCUUCGCUUACCAUUUCAAAUGAAAUCCAGCGCGUUCGGAGUUGUACAUCUCGGUCUGCAAAUUUACGUUGUUCAUAAAAGCGUUGUAUAUAAAAUGAUCGACACGUUGACGGACGAUGCGAAAAUUGAAAAGAUUGGGCUACUUCCUAAGCCCUGUUUGAAUAAAGAUUUUGGAGUCGCUGGCUUUGGGACGAAUAUUGUCGUAUUCGGAGGGGAAGACGAAAAUUUUGAGGAGUCCAAACGCAUCAUGCAAAUGGACACGGUUUCGAUGCAGGCCGUCGAAAUACCACUUGCGUUACCAUUUACUAUGGCCGAUUUUUGCUACACCAAGCUAACUGUGCCAUCCACUUGGGUGCUGAACGAUCUUUAAUGUGUUUCCUUAUAUUAAAUAUGAUGUUGUUUUAUACCGUACACUCGAUAGCGCGCAAAUGCACGCGAAAGAUUGGUAGUUACUUCACUGUUUUAGGUAAAUAAUCGUUGUUUGCUUGUUUUUAUGCCUCCGUCAUGAAUGAACGUACGUAGUGAAAAGACAUUUAUGCUGUUAUCCAUCGACCGUGUGUGUAUGUGUUUUUGUUUAUUUGUGUUUGACAUUUCGGGAUCCAGCUCAUUACCUUGUCGUGCAUUAUGGGAUUUCAAAAUCAAUUGGCGCAAAUGAUUAUCAUUUACACCGUGUCCCCGAUCGCUUCAAGGUACAUGUCACAAUUUGGAUUAUUUGCAUAUUUCGUAUAUGUAUUUAGGUGAUGGAACAUGUUGUAUACGUUCAUGCCGCCAAUAAUUGUUAUGUACAAUCGAUUAAAAAUAUCAAAACUAUUUGUCGCGUGCAACAAACGCAGUCAACAUAUCGCUCCAUUCAAACAAAAAGUCACCAAUUUUUUUUUGAGUUUAAUGUAGAGGCAGUUUUGCAAGUCAGUCUGCUGUCAGCUACGAUAGGAACGAUAACUGCAAGUCAGUCUGCUGUUAGCUACGCUAGGAACGAUAACUGCCAGUCAGUUUGCUGUUAGCUACGCUAGAAACGAUAACCACUGCCUGUUUAUACUUCAUCUAUGGUACACUUCAUACAGCCCGUAUGUAUUCAAUAAUAGUGUUUAAGAGCUUUGAUAUUGGCCAGUCUUGUGUUUAUAGCAGCUUGUGCGACGACAUUGGCCAGUUUAUCAUUGAAAUCUGUACAUAUUGGCUGCUUUCAGGAAAACCGGUCUUAAUGCUGAUUUUAAAAGUAUGUCGUGUGGGCAAAAUUGUUGCUCAAUAAUUUAAAGAAAAAAAAGUAUAAGAUACAUACAACACAACAUAUAUGUACAUGAAUAUAGGCUUGUUAUUCUUUAGCAACGCAACCAAAGUUCUAAAGAUGGUUGCCAGUGUAGCAACCAAUUGUGAAAUAAAGAGACAUAUUGUUGUUA